CUGCUCCGAGCCCAGGAGGUGCCUCUCGCGGCCUCUGCAAGCGUUUCGGAGCGGCUUUGGCGGCUGGAACGAUGCUGGGCCGGAGCCGCCUAACCUUCGUCUUCCUGACCGUAGCCGUCACCUGCGCCGUGGCGCAGCACGCGCCGCCGUGGACAGAAGACUGCAGAAAAUCAACUUAUCCUCCUUCUGGACCAACUUACAGGGGUCCAGUCCCGUGGUACACCAUAAAUCUUGACUUACCGCCCUAUAAGAGAUGGCAUGAACUGAUCACUGACAAGGCACCAUCGCUAAAGAUUAUUGUGAAUUCCCUGAAGAGUGUAGUAAACGCUUUUGUUCCAAGUGGAAAAAUUAUGCAGAUUGUGGAUCAAAAGUUGCCUGGUCUACUUGGCAACUUUCCUGGCCCUUAUGAGGAGGAAAUGAAGGGGAUUGCAGAUAUUACUGGCAUACCUUUAGGAGAGAUUAUUUCAUUCAAUAUUUUCUAUGAAUUUUUUACCAUUUGUACUUCAAUAAUAGCAGAGGACAAAAAAGGUCAUUUACUACACGGGCGCAACAUGGAUUUUGGAAUAUUUCUUGGGUGGAACAUAAAUAACAACUCCUGGGUCGUCACUGAGGAGCUGAAACCUUUGACAGUGAAUUUGGACUUCCGAAGAAACAAUAAAACUGUCUUCAAGGCUUCAAGCUUUGCUGGCUAUGUGGGCAUGUUAACAGGAUUCAAACCAGGACUAUUUAGCCUUACACUAAAUGAGCGUUUCAGCACAAAUGGCGGCUAUAUGGGUGUCAUCGAGUGGAUUUUGGGGAAGAAAGAUGCCAUGUGGAUAGGCUUUAUCACUAGAUCAGUUCUGGAAAACAGCACAAGCUAUGAAGAAGCCAGGAAUAUAUUGAUCAAAACCAAGAUACUGGCCCCAGCGUACUUCAUCCUGGGAGGCAACAAGACUGGGGAGGGCUGUGUUAUUACGCGGGACAGAAAAAAGUCCCUGGAUGUGUACGAACUCGACCCCGAGCAGGGUCGAUGGUACGUGGUGGAAACGAACUACGACCGUUGGAAAAACCCCUUCUUCCUGGACGAUCGCAGAACAGCUGCCAAGAUGUGUCUAAACCACACCACACAAGAUAAAAUCUCAUUACCAACCAUGUAUGAUAUCCUGUCAACAAAACCUGUCCUCAACAAGCUGACUGUAUUCACGACCUUGAUGGACGUCGCCAAAGGUCAAUUUGAAACUUACCUGCGGGAUUGCCCAGACCCUUGUAUAGGCUGGUGAGCGAACAUCUGGCCUUCAGAACACACCUGACAAGGUGGGAGCUCACACGGCCCGCGACCGCAGCUGUCUGGCCUCUGACCAAAGUCAAAGACUCGGGGCAGGUUCUUUUUGAGGCAGGAGCUUGUCUGUCUUGGUACGUUUACACUUCACAGGCUAUUCGUGCAGAAACAGUUGAUUGUUCUCAUUGGCACAUAAUUUAAGUGAAGUACGACAGUCGUUUACAAUUUGCCGAGUUUCAUUUCACUUUGCUAUCUGGGGACGGGGAUGGGCAAACUGUUGUGGGAUCCACUUCCAUGGAAUAAAGCAAGUCUCCGAGGAUGAGGAAUUCUGUACAUCCGGGUAAUAGUUACGGUACAUAUCCCACCCUAUUGUUUUUCACUUUUAUCUACAUACUUGUAUAUUUUUCUGUGCUACUGAAGUUAACAUACGAUUGUCUUUCCUGUUUGCGACAGCAAUGUUAUUUCACCAACUUUGGAGGCAGAUGAGACAUUCAACUGUAUUAUUUCUUAGUGGACAAUACCUGGGCCUUUGACUCUGAGUAGGAGUACUUUUGGGGGUUCGUGAAGUAAUCAGAAUGCAAGGCAGUGUUUGACACACAGAAUGGAAGUGUUUCCUUUUUGAUAAUUACCCUAUCUCCCAGAAACCCCAGGAAGUUAGCUUCAAAAACUGAGCUCCAGCUUCUGCGAAUUGAUAGUCAAACAGGUCAGGCUUGUGGAAAACGAGAGCUGAACCCAUUGUUUUAAACUUUACUGCGUAGGACCCACUAAUAGAGUUUGAGAUUUUUUUUCUUCUGAUCAGUGCGUUUUUUAAAAACUAGUUACUAAAAAUAUUUUUCAGAAAUCAAUAUAUUUAUGAAAAAUGCUAACUGAACUUUUCUUUCACAAUUAACUGUGAAAUGCAUGCCAGUCGGCAUGGCUGUAUCCACUUCAUUUCCAUGUCAGUUGUAUUCAUGACAUUCAAUAAAGUCACUGAAGUCGUGCCAGCAGUCUUGUAUGCAGAGUGCGUGUACACAUAAUGUGUUCUUUUGGGGGUGGGGGUUAUUAUGGAGAAAUCAAAGCUGAAUAUGACCGAGUUAAAUUACAAGAGGCGUACAAGUGGGUUACUCAGCUUAUGACUAAGCGGGUACAAUUUCACGUGACUCAUCCCCACCACUUCGUAACCCACUGUAACCAGCCCGGUGUGCUGAUGCGCAACCGCAGCUCCUCCCAGACGGAAGGAUCCACAGGUUAAACCCUGAGGAAUGCCAAUGUUUAACUAUGAACAGAAUAGGAAUAUAUUGCCAUAUGACUGUCUUGAAUGUCACCAUAGAGAAAUUCUAGGAUUUCAAGGCUGGCAAACUUAAAACAUCACUUAAGGUGAGGGAUGGGACUAUCUGACAGGAUUUACAAAGCCUAGAGCCGUGCUUUUCAGCCUUUUUCAUCUUAUGGCACACCUCAACUAAUUACUCAAAUUCCGUGUCACACCAAAAAAUGUAUUUUUCACCAAAUCCGACAAAAAAAUAUAAUUUUGAUUUAAAAUAUAAUAAUAAUAAUUACCUACCCUUUUUGCUCCAAAGUGACUUUUAAAAAUCAGACGCCCAUACCUGGAUAUAAGGAUUUCUAGUACCAAAAAUUAGGCAAUCAGAUGACCACUAAGAUGCAACUGUAUUAUAUGGCCUAUAUAUUUAUGGUUUGAGAGGGUAUUCACACCAGACGGCUGUUGUGUUGGCUGAUGUAAUUUUUAAGUUUGACAAUCCAAGGGAAAAAGAGAUCAGAGCCCCUGACUAAAACCAGGUAUUGCACAUUUUAAAAAUUAUUGUGGCACACGGGCUGAACAUCAGUGGCCUAGAGGGAAUAGGAAGAAGAGUAUCGCCCUAUGAGUCGCAGCCUUCUCUCAUGCUACGCAGUACGGAUUGAGGAACAUGCCCCAGAAAGACCUCUGGUGAAGAGUAACAAGACCACCUUUUCGGCGGCGGUGCCACCACGCCCAGGGAGCGGGCCAGGGCCUUGCAAACCCUGAGGCGACUGACACGAGUUGCGGUCACAAAGAUCCUUGUAAUUUAACCCUCAUCCAAUUUUGUCAUGAAAUAGAGACUAUUGAUUUUCAGCA